UGACGCUUCCGGGGAGUUCACGCUUUAGUGCACUGUAGGAAAACACAGCAUGGGUAAAAAGUAUUGCUGCAUUUCACUCUGUCACAACACGUCAAAUACCGUCCAACAGGACGGUACUAAAGUAAUUCUGCACAGAUUCCCAAUGUCACAUAAAAAAUUGCACAUCAGACGUCAGUGGGUAAUGAAAGUGAAAACUGUCAGGGCCAAUUUUACCUUAAAUGAUAGUUCCAGAAUUUGCAGUGCCCAUUUUGAAACCCCUUUCACGGGUGAAUCAAUUCCAACCAUUUUUCCAUCAAAACCAACAAAAGAAGUGAAAGAAAGAAGACCACUGACAAGGCACACCAAUUCUACUAGCAACAUUACUAAUUCAGAGAUUGGUUCCAGUGACAGUCCUUAUCCUGAUGAAAAAGGUACAUCAGUUGACUGCAAUGAAAAUGAACUUGUUAAAGAAAAUACCUUUGAACACAAUAUUUUAGCUGAAACAACAAACAAAGCACAUAAAAGUACCAGUACAAGUCCCUACAACAUAACAUUGGAUGUGGGAGUACAAGCAGGUCACUCGUUCUGCUCAACCAAUGAUGCUGCUGUUCAGUGUGAUUUGCCUCGAAUGGUUUAUGAGGACAUCAGGGACAGUGAUGAAAAAGUUCGCUUUUAUACAGGCUUCCCUACAUUCCAAGUUUUAUGGCUCUUCUUUUUAACCCUUCUGAAACAUGGGGCAGAUAAACUAAACUACUGGGAAGGGGAAAGACGCUCAAUGGGGGACAAAAAUUAUCAUCAAGAUGGCCAUCAAAAACCAGGGAAAAAAAGAUUUCUACGGCCCAUAGAUGAAUUCCUACUAACAUGCAUGAGACUCCGACUCGGACUGAAUCAAGAACUUUUAGCCGAUAUUUUUAGAACUUCAAAAACUAGUGUAUCAAGAAUAUUCAAUACAUGGGUGAACUUUAUAUAUGAUCAUACCAGAGGUUUAAUUGCAUGGCCUACAAGGGAGCAGAUACUUGCUAAUUUACCUAGACACUUUAAUGAUCACUCAGAUACUCGUCUAGUAGUUGAUUGCACUGAAUUUUUUGUGGAAAGGCCAUCAUCUCUUGUAGCUCAGUGGUUAACUUGGUCCGAGUAUAAGCAUCAUAAUACGUUCAAAAUACUUGUAGGGGUAACACCUAAUGGGAUGGUAUCAUUUCUAUCUAGGUUAUGGGGAGGGAAUGCAUCAGAUAGGCACAUAGUUCAAAAUGAUGACUUAAUACCUAAAUUGUCCCCGGGUGAUGUUAUAAUGGCAGACAAGGGCUUUACCAUAGAAGAUUUACUGCCUGCAGAUAUUGGUUUGAAUGUUCCUCCUCGGGUGUCAACUAAAAGUCAAAUGUCUUCAUCAGAGUUUUUUAAAACUGCUCAUAUUGCCUCAGCUAGAAUAGUAGUAGAGAUGAAAAUGGAGCAAAUUAAGAAUUUUCAAAUUCUAAAUUCUGUAUUACCACUCUCAGAGGCACAUCUGUCAGAACAAAUAAUUGUUAUAUGUGUGUCGUUAACUAACUUGCUACCACCUCUUCUACAGUAAAAAUAAAUUUAAUAUGCAGUUACUGUUCCAUACUUGUACAGAAUAUUUUUGCCUAUGAUACAUUCAAUACAGCAGUUGUGAAAAGUUUUUUAUUUACUAGGUAAAUUCAAUAUGAGGCUUUAGGAUUAUUUGUUAUACAUCAUGAGCUUAUAUAUCAUCUUUAUUUAUAUUAUAAUAUGUGUAAAUUGAGCUAAAGAAAUUAAAGUUCAACUGUCCAACAUAUAAAUGUUUAAAUAUGCAACAUUGUUCAACAUUGCAUCACAAAACUUCUAUUCAUUAUAUCAGUUUAGUUCAAAAUUAUCUUAAAAUUGGUGUAAAUUUGUAAUCAAGUGUAAAUCUGUUCAUUUCUGUUCAACAUAUGGAGAGCUCUGCUGUGUUCUGUACAAGUUUAGAAUUCGAGUAAUAAAGAUGACAAAAUGUU